AUGUCUUCCGAGCAGAAGCAGGAGCAGGAAGAGCCUGUGGUGGACCAAUCCACCAUGCAGAACACCACAACUCUAGAUGACGAGGAGAAAAAAGUGGAGGUCCCCACCGUCGACGAGCCACACCAUCAUGGAGACGAAAUUAUCGUGGUGGAAGACGGAGAAGUCACAAGUAUGCCUAUAAGCUUUCAAAUGGUAAAACCCGGCGACGGUGAGGAGGAAGAGGUGGUGUUAGACAACUUCUAA